AUGGCAGAGAGGGGUGAGGGUGGAGAGGGGAGCAUGGCAGAGAGGGGUGGGGGUGGAGAGGGAAGUAUGGCAGAGAGGGGUGAGGGUGGAGAGGGGAGUAUGGCAGAGAGGGGUGAGGGUGGAGAGGGGAGUAUGGCAGAGAGGGGUGAGGGUGGAGAGGGGAGUAUGGCAGAGAGGGGUGAGGGUGGAGAGGGGAGUAUGGCAGAGAGGGGUGAGGGUGGAGAGGGGAGUAUGGCAGAGAGGGGUAAGGGUGGAGAGGGGAGUAUGGCAGAGAGGGGUGAGGGUGGAGAGGGGAGUAUGGCAGAGAGGGGUGAGGGUGGAGAGGGGAGUAUGGCAGAGAGGGGUGAGGGUGGAGAGGGGAGUAUGGCAGAGAGGGGUGAGGGUGGAGAGGGGAGUAUGGCAGAGAGGGGUGAGGGUGGAGAGGGGAGUAUGGCAGAGAGGGGUGAGGGUGGAGAGGGGAGUAUGGCAGAGAGGGGUAAGGGUGGAGAAGGGAGUAUGGCAGAGAGGGGUGAGGGUGGAGAGGGGAGUAUGGCAGAGAGGGGUGAGGGUGGAGAGGGGAGUAUGGCAGAGAGGGGUGAGGGUGGAGAGGGGAGUAUGGCAGAUAGGGGUAAGGGUGGAGAGGGGAGUAUGGCAGAGAGGGGUGAGGGCGGAGAGGGGAGUAUGGCAGAGAGGGGUGAGGGUGGAGAGGGGAGUAUGGCAGGGAGGGGUGAGGGUGGAGAGGGGAGUAUGGCAGGGAGGGGUGAGGGUGGAGAGGGGAGUAUGGCAGGGAGGGGUGAGGGUGGAGAGGGGAGUAUGGCAGAGAGGGGUGAGGGUGGAGAGGGGAGUAUGGCAGAGAGGGCGCUUCUACAACAUUCUGCUGUCCGCAGCGCCAUCGGCGGCGCGCUUAACGGCGCGCCUUUUACGGUCUUCGCCCCGACCGACGAGUCCCUGGUCAGGCUGCCGGCCGCGAUUGUCGCCGUCUUACGGAACUCGUCCCACAUGGAGAAUCUCCGUCAAGUCAUGAUGUACCACUUCGUUCGCGACAAGAUCUCGCGUUUCGCGUGGGAGGGCCCCUGGCGGACCGUGCAAGGCGAGAGCGUCGUGUUGCACCUGGACGACGCGAGCUUCACUGUAUCGGACGUGCCUGUACUGGAAUACGCCGCCGCAAUCUCGACGAGCUUCGUGGUGCACACGACGGACGGGCUUCUGUUCCCCCCCAGCACCCGCGCGCGCCUCACUGGCGCGGAGGGCCGCGCGCGGGGAGCAGCUCAGCUGGCGUCGGUUAAAGAAAGCUCGGCGGGGGGAGAGGGGAACGGAGAAAGUGGCGGAGAUGACUAUGCAGAGGAGUACGAGGAGGACUAUGACGAGGACGUAUGGCGGCGGGAGGCGCUCCAACAAUACGACUUGUUCUACCUAUACGCUCCAGCUCCAGCUCCCGCCCCCGCAACCUUCACACCAUCAUCCGACUCGUCUAGUCUUUCAGCGGGCGCCAUCGCGGGGAUUGUGAUCGGGUGUGUGGCGGGGGUUGCCCUCAUUGCGGCGCUGCUCUACUACCUGCUCGUUGCCCGCCACAACAAGGACAUGCGCUCCCUCUUCUGCUGCUCUCACCCACCGGAAGACCCAGAAGAAUCUGCAGCCAUGGCAGCAGCGGGAGUGGCAGAAGGUGCUGCAGCUCCCGCUGAUGCUGAUGCUGAUGCAGCAGCAGCGCCGUAUGCACCCUUAGCAGCAGGGGCAGGCGGGCCGAUGCAGUGCCAACAGUACCCACUGGCGGUGCUGAAGCAGGCCACAGGGAACUGGGCGGAGGAGCAACGCAUCGGCAGCGGGGGGUACGCAGACGUGUACCGAGCUGUGGACCCCGCAGACCCGUCGGUGGUAUGGGCCGUGAAGCGAGCCAAGGUGCUCACCAACGACUUCAAGCGCGAGAUAAAGGAGAUGGCGUCGAAGCACCACCCGAACCUGGUGCGGCUGCUGGGGUACUGUCUGGACAUGGACACGGUGAACGAGCGCAUGGAGCAGAUCCUCAUCUACCAGUACAUGCACAACGGCGACCUCGAGCACUGGGUCGGCACCGACGCUGCCAAGCAGCUCACCCUGGCGCAGCGCAUGGACGUGCUGGUGGGGGCGGCGCAUGGGCUGGAGUAUCUACACAGCUUUGGCAUCGUGCAUCGCGACAUCAAGCUGGCCAACAUUCUGCUGGACCAGCACAUGCACGCCAAGGUGGCGGACUUUGGGCUCGUGCGCAUGGGCGAGGGCACCUCCGUGUACACCACUCGCAUUCUCGGCACGCCGGGCUAUGUGGACCCUGCGUAUUCCCGCACCCGCAAGGCCACUACCGCCACUGACGUGUUCAGCUUUGGCAUCGUGAUUCUUGAGGUCAUCACUGGGAGGCGAGCGCUUGUCAACACAGGCAGUGGCAACAGCACCAUUAAAGAAUGGGCUGAGGAGGGGCUACAGAGCAAUGAUCUGUCGCGCCUGAGGGAUGCGCAGCUGCACCCGCCCUUGCCUGACGACAUCCUGCUGCGAGCAGUGCGUCUGGCCAUCAGCUGCACGCUCAUGCCCACCGCCACGCGUCCCACCAUGAGCCACGUGUACAGCGAGCUGAGUGCCAUCCGGCAGGAGUGCUUUGGCGUGGAGGAGAACAGAGCUGCGCACAAGGUGGAUGACGAGCUUCGCAUGGUGCAGGCACAGGCGUCCAUCCCGCUCGAAAAACAGCUUGAAUACAUCGAGUCGUUUGGAUCUUCCAAGACUGAAUCAUCCUCGCUUGGCAAAAUGGGGUGA